CUCUCGGUGCCCAGGAUGCCCCACACCAGCCCCCUAUGUCCCUGCCCCCCGUGCCAGCCCGCGUGUGCCCGCAGCUCUCGGUGACACAGGCGAGCGCGGAGCAGCCCCACAGCCCGAAGGAGCAGGAUUGGGCCGGCCCCGAGGCGCUGUGCCCAGGCUGGCUGGAGGAUGAGGGCCCCGAUGGCCCCGUGCCCGAGGACAGCGGGGACCCCAGCGGUGCCACCCACGCCUACGAGGUGCUGCAGGGCGCCCUGCGCCACCUCGGGCUGCCCCACACGCUGGAUCGCUCCUCAGAGCCCCGCACCGGAUUUGGCCCACUGGACGUGACUGUCUGCAUCCUGGGCUCACCCACCGUCUUCCUGCCUGUCCUGCUGGAGGGUGGCACCCGCUGCCCAGGUGCCAUGGUGCUGUGCCUGUCACCCACCUGGGCCACCCGCGUGCCCUCGGUGACGUCCCCCGGUGCCUGGUCCCUGCUGCUGUCCCGAGGGGUCUCCUUCGAGGCGGGGGGACACAGCACCCUGGACACCUUUGUCCCCCCUCGCCGUGCCAACUACGUGACAGGCACCAUCGCGGCGGAGGACCCCAAAGGUGGCUGGGUGGGCGAGGUGGCCCGUGACCUCGAUUGCCCCACGGGGUGCUCGGUGCCACUUGCCCACCGCCUCGAGGACACGCUGGUCACCCGGUGGGUGCUGGCAGCCCGCGCCGGGCUGCCUGUGCCCCCCACCCUGGCUUUUGUCCUGGAGGCUGCGGGCCACCUGCCCGCUGAGCUGGUGGCCCCCGGGGUGAGGCUAGUGAGGCUGGAGGAUCCCCAGGGCCAGGAGAAGUUGGUGCAGGAGGAGGUGGACGCCUUUCUGGGGGGCAGCACCAUGGAACCCUACAGCAAGGUGGUGGUGCGGCCAGCGGGGUGGCGGUGGCGUGGGACGGGCGCCCGCAGCACCCACGGGAAGGCGGAGGUGGUGGCGGUGGCACAGGCGCUGGUGGCCCGGCUGCACGGGCUGCGUGAGGAGGACAGUGUCCUGCUGGAGGCCUUGGUGCCCACCGCCUGCCUGCCCGCGCCACCCCCACGGGGUUGGGCAGGGUCCCCUGUCCCCAGACGAUGGCCGUGCCUGCCCUGUCCUCGCCCCCCAGGCAGCCCAGCCCCGCGGCUGCCCGUGGCCCUGCGCAUCUGCACCCUCGUCUGCAGGUCCUGGGGGAACCGGCCCCAGCUCUGCCAGGUGGCGUGUGCGGUGGGGCGCGCUGAGUGCCUGGUGGGGCACGGGGCAUCGCUGCCGCAGGGCCUGGACUCCAGCCUGCAGCAGUGGGGCGUGGUGGCCCCCGGCCAGCGCCAGGCCCUGGCCACACGCCUCCAGGCGGCUGCCGAGGCCGCCAUGGCCGCGCUCAUGGCCACUGAGGCUGAGCUGAGUGCCCAGCAGCGCGGCGGCGCCCGCGCCCGUACCGACCUCCUGGGGGUGGAUUUCUUGUUGGCGUGCGUGGACGACACCCUGGAGCUGGUGGCCUUGGCUGCCAACAGCCAGCGGUGCCUGGAGACCUGUCUGCUCGCCGAAGCCAUGGGGCGCGCCGUGGGGCAGCCCUCUGGCGACCUGCCCUGCCUGCUGGCUGAGGUGCUGCUGCACCAGGCGCAGCGUCACCUCGUCGAGGGCAAGGACAUCCUGCUCAUCGGGGCUGGUGGCAUCAGCAAGGGCUUCGUCUGGGAGGCGGCUCGCGACUAUGGACUGAGGAUCCACCUGGUGGAGUCGGACCCGGAGCACUUUGCAGCCGAGUUGGUGCAAACCUUCCUGCCCUAUGACAGCCGGGAGCACCGGCAUGAUGAGGAGCACGCUGAGCGGGUGACCGAGCUGCUCCGCGCCCGGGGGCUGCAGCCCCACGCCUGCCUCUCCUACUGGGACGACUGCGUCGUACUGGCGGCACUGGUGUGCCAGCGCUUGGGGCUCCAUGGCUGUUCCCCCGCCGCUGUCCGCGUGGCCAAACAGAAGAGCCGGACCCACCAGCACCUGCAGAGGUGCUGCCGCGGCCGCCCACCACCCUCCACCUUCGCUGUGCCGUGCCACCGGCUGCAGAGCCACGGUGAUGUGGAACGGGCGGCCACCACCGUGCCCUUUCCCGCCGUGGCCAAACUGGAGUUCGGGGCGGGUGGUGUGGGCGUGCGGCUGGUGGCGAAUGCUGAGCAGUGCCAUGAGCAUGCCGCUCGGCUUUGGCAAGACCUGCGGGAUGACGCUGAUCACCCCGGCAUCGGCUUGGGUUGGGGCAACGCUAUGUUGCUGAUGGAGUACGUGCCGGGCACCGAGCACGACGUCGACUUGGUGGUCUUCGAAGGGCGUUUGAUGGGUGCUUGGGUGUCAGACAAUGGCCCCACGCGUGUGCCUGCCUUUCUGGAGACAGCAGCGUGCCUGCCCUCGUGCCUCGCUGCUGACCGGCAGGCGCAGCUGGUGCACGCGGCGCUGCAGAGCUGCCUGGCGUGCGGGCUGCGCCACGGCGUCUUCAACGUGGAACUCAAGUUGGGGCCCGGUGGCCCCAGGUUGUUGGAGAUCAACCCUCGCAUGGGCGGCUUCUACCUUCGUGAUUGGAUCCAAGAAGUCUACGGGGCCGAUUUGCUGCUGGCGGCUGUGCUGGUGGCGCUCGGCGUGGCACCGGUGCUGCCCGCACGCCCUGCGCCACGCACAAACUUGGCCGGCGUGAUGUGCCUGGGCUCGGAGCACGGGGCAACGCUCGGGGGCGGCGGGGCGCUGGGGGCCCUGCGGGAGCUGCAGAGCCGCGGCCUCGUGCGCCUCAACCGCCUCUUUGAGGAGACAUCGGGUGACGGCGAAUACGAGGAGCCGUGCCUGAGUGUGGCGUGCAGCGGGGCGACGCGGGCGGAGGCGUGCCUGCGCCUGCUGGGGCUCUGCCAGGCACUGGGCAUCGACUCGCCCCGCUACCCUGUUGAGCAUUUCCUAUCUCACUUCAAAUAGCGCUGGGCAAGCAGCGGGGCGUGGGGAGCGAGGGUGACCACCCACUGCCCUGACACCCCCACCCAGAGCCCCGCCGCCCUUGGCCCUGGCAUCACCCUGGCACCCUGUCCCACCACCCCAUCCCAUGCCAUUGCUCUGACACCCCAUCGCAUCACCCAAAUCCAUGCCAUCACCCUGGUACCCCAUCCCAUCACCCCAUCCCAUGCCAUCACCCUGGUACCCCAUCCCAUCACCCCAUCCCAUGGCAUUGCCUUGGCAUCCUGUCCCACCACCCUAUCACCCCAUACCCUGUCCCACCACCCCAUCCCAUGGCAUUGCCACGGCACCCCAUCCCCUGUCCCACCACCCUAUGACCCCAUCCCAUCCCAUGGCAUCAUCCUGUCCCACCAUCUGAUCACCCCACCUCCAUCGCACCGCCCCAUUGCCCCAUCCCAUGGCAUCACCAUCCCAUCCCAUUCCAUAGAAGCCCCCUGGCACCCCAUCCCUGUCCCACCACCCCAUCCCAUGCCAUCACCCUGGCACCCUGUCCACCACCCUAUCACCCCAUCCUCUGUCCCACCACUCCAUCCCAUGGCAUCACCCUGACAUUCCAACCCCUGUCCCACCACCCUAUGACCCCACCUCCAUCCCACUGCCCCAUCCCAUGGCAUUGCCCUGGCACCCCAUCCCAUAGCAACCCCCCUGGCACCCCGUCCCCUGUCCCACCACCCUGGCACCCCAUCCCCCAGCAUCCCCCUUUCCUCCCAGUAUCCCAUUCCCUGGCACUUCCCCCUGUCCUGGCAUCCUGAGACCCCAGCCCCUGGCAUCCCCCAGCCCCUAGCAUUGCCCCCCCUGCCCUGACUCCCUGGCCGCUAGCAUCCUCCCCAUCCUGGCAUCCCAUUCCUUGGCAUAUCUGCUUCCUCACUCCUGGCAAUCCUCUCAUCCUGGCAACCCCCCUGCCCUGAGACUC